AGCUGUGGACGGAUCUCUCGGCAGCUCGUUCACCGCAGGAGCUGCUGAGAAAUGCUGCCACAGUUAUAUACACUAGGAGAGCUUCUAGACGCUUUAGGGCCAGCGACAUCUCUCCACCGUCCUCUCACCUGGUCCACAAAUCUGGUCUGACUGCUUUCCCUGUUGGUCGUUCCUAACCAAGCCGAGAACAUACUGGUGAAGAUCAAGGAUAUUGUAAAAGCCUCUGUGAGUAAGCCGGGAGUGCUACAACUGAACCCCAGCUCUUGAGUAAACACAAGCGUCCCCGCUUUGCCGCGUCCUCUUCACCACUCACGAGGGACAGCAGGUCAAUGCAUCUGAACGCAGUAGACCCCACAAAGGCAGGGAUGUCUGUCUGUGCUGCUCACUGCCUACGGCCUCAUCACGUAGAACAGGACACGUGGUGGGCACACAGUGAGAAGAUGGCAUCUGUAAACCAUCUGGAAUCCACCAGGCCUGAAUCUACUGGCAUCUUGAUCUUGGACUUCCAGCCACCAGAACUCUGAGAACUUUUUCUUGUUCGAGCCACCCAGUCCAUGAUAUUGUUGUUAUAGCAGCCUGAAGGUACCAAGACACUAGGCCAGGAAAUUUGGACCUUCCUUUACAGGUGGAUUAUUCUUACACUGAAGGGAAUGCAAUGGCCUCAUCAAAGACCCGAAGAAGAAUGUGAAAAAUCUUCUACUUUUCCAGAGGUCGGCUGUGAGGCCAGCCCCUUUUCUGCCGCCAUGGCAACCAUGCAAGGAAUGGAAGGGACCAUAUCAGAGGCUGGUCCUGGUGGGUACCAGCUGGAGCAACCCCCUGUUAUCCAGUCACAUCUGUGGAAAAGGAUGCCAGAGAAGUUUUUGAAGGGGGAGCCCAAAGUCCUUGGGGUCGUGCAGAUCCUGAUUGCCAUGACGAACCUCAGCCUGGAAAUAAUAAAGAUGAGCGCCAUAUUGCCACUUUCUGACACACAUUCUGUUUCAGGGCUGGACGUGUACAUAAUUGGGAGGCCAGUGAUGUUUAUUAUUUCAGGGUCCUUGUCAGUUGUAGCAGGAAUUAGAACUACAAAAGGUCUGAUUCAAACUAGCCUAGGAUUAAAUAUCUUCAGUUCUGUCUUGGCCGGAGUAGGGGUCCCCCUUGCUAUCUCCUCCUUGGAAGACUUUCGAGCAGGUGUCUCUGCCUGCAUCUUUUAUCAGAGGUUGGAGAGUUGUUCCAUGGCCAUGGCCAUUUUAACGAGUCUGGAUGCUGUGGCGCUCCUUUUAACCGUGCUAGAGUUCUUCGUUGCUCUGACCCUAUCUGCCUUUGGAUGCAAAGUCACCUGUUGUCAUCCUGGCGGGGUUGUGUUGAUUCUGCCAUCAAAUCCUCAUGUGGCGGAAACAGCAUCUCCCACACCAUUUACAGAGAUCUGAUGUCACCAACAGAUCAACAGCAAAAUGUUCCAGAAAACCUAUCCUGCCAGUUGGGCAAGGACACCACUUGGGGAAGUACCAGAAUCCAACUCUGAUAUAUAUAUAUAUAUAUAUAUAUAUAUAUAUAUAUAUAUUUCAGAAUCAUGUUCUCAUUUUCCCCCAAGACCUCAACAACUCAUUUACUGGCUCUUUAUCAACAAUAGCAGAAAUUAAAUAAAUAAAUCAUGCAUUUAAUGA